AUGAAUGGAAAUAAACCCAUCCCACCCAGUAAAGACGACGAGUUACCUGGGGAUCCAAAUAAUACUAGCACUGCAACCGUCAUUGACAAUUUGACUUCAACUGAUAAUCCGAUUACAACUGGCUAUAUGACAACAGAAGAUUCAACGACAACAACGACCACAAAAACACGGAAUAAACUUCUUCUGCAAACAGCAGUUACGCAUGCGCAAGGGGAGAAUGGCUCCAAUCCAAUACCGGUUCGAUUACUUUUGGAUAGCGGUAGCCAACGUUCCUACAUUACCAAUUCAUUAAAGAAGCGACUUGAUCUGGAUCCAAUACGAACAGAGACUCUUAAUUUAAAUACCUUUGGUGAUGAUCAUUUUAAGAAACGACGUUGCGAUAUAGUCCAGUUAUCGUUGAAGGGAAAUAGUGACAAUCGAAAGAUAACGGCACUUUGUUUUCCAAAUCUCUGCUCACCAUUGAUUUAAGCCUAUACCCGCAUUUGCAAGAUUUACAGCUCUCUGAUCUCAACAUUCUCGAAGGACGACAAAGUGAUAGCACUAUCGACAUUCUUAUUGGCGCAGAUUAUUAUUUCGAUAUUCUCACUGGCGAGAUGGUACGAGGCGAAAGUGGGCCUGUGGCCAUUAAUAGCGACUUUGGCUGGGUUGUUACUGGUCCGACAAGUGAUACAGAAUCGUGUUCGAAAGUCUCGGGAGUUCAUUUGCUCAUCGAGGAGCUUUGUGCAUUAUCAACACCAACCUCACUCGCGUUGAGAGAGGAUGAAUCUGAACUUUCGAAGUGUUUAAGUCAAUUUUGGGAGAUCGAGUCGAUGGGAAUUAACGAGGAGGAAGUGACCAAAGAAGAGUUUUUGAAGGAUAUUCGAUAUCUCGAGAAUGAAGCAAGAUACGAAGUUAGUUUACCAUGGAAGAAUGAGAGUAUUCCGAAAUCGAACGGAUACGGUAUGUGUUUCAAACGACUCCAUCAACUCAAGUCUCGUCUCGAUAAAGACAAACAAUUACUCGAACAAUAUGACAACAUAUUUAAGGAUCAAGAGAAAAUAUUAUUAUUAUUAUUAUUAUUAUUGAUCUUUAAACACGGUAACCUUUCACAUAGGUGAUUUUCAAAGGGCCGUGCGGAAAAUAAAUGCAUUAUAAAAGAACGAACUAAUAAACUAAAUUAUACUUAUUUACAAAAUAUACUUAUUUACUUAUUUACAAGAUGUAAUUAUUUAAUAGAUGAUGGACAGAUUUUAAACUUAUUGAUUCUCUUAGGGUUUUCAACAAAUUUACUGGGAUGCUGUUCCAAUACGCUGCUCCUCUGUACGAAAAGCUAUUUUUCAAGAAAUUCGUUUUUGGUUUAGGUUGAGACAGCUUUAAAUUACUACUGCGCAGUACGUAACCAUUGUUUUCACAAGUGUGAAAUAGUUGUGUUACGUAUUCUGGAAGCAUGCCAUUAAUCGCUUUAAAUGUCAUAAGGAGAUCUCGCGUUUUCAAAAUUAAGUCAAGAGGUUUCCAGCUAAGUUUUUGAAAAAUGUCCGAAGAUCUUAUAGUAUAGUCCGAAUUUGUUAUUAUUCUUGCUGCUCGUUUCUGAAGCUUAUAUAAUUUGUCUAAGUGUGUUUGGUUGUUAUUUUGCCAAACAGUUGAACAGUAGUUAAAAUGAAGCGCGACUAAUGCGUUAUACAUAAUUUUGAGCGUAUCUAGGCCAACAAAAUCUUUGGCUUUCUUAAAAGAUUAAUAUUUUUUUGAUAUCUUGUUGCAUUGUUCUUCAUUUUGCCUAUUCCAGCUAAGUCUAUCGUCUAUAACUAUACCCAAAGCUUCCUUUUUAUAAACUCGUUCAAUUUGAUGUCCGUUUAUACUGAUUUUUGGCACGUGAUCUAA